CGAUCACCUUGGAUCCUUCUGAAUUCGUUAGCCGUGCUCGCAGAACGACCAUACUCGUAGUUCACUUCUCUAAACCCCUUGGAACAUCUGGUGGUCCUCCAGCUUUUGGGUUGCCAACGGUUCGUUCUACAUCGCUGCGAGAAGUCGAUACUACGCCGGAGAGAUGCCUCGCCAGAACUUGACCACUCGUCGACGCCUCUCCCUCGUCUAGCCCUACGUGCGAAUCUCUGACCAUCCGGACUCGACCUACAAUGGCACUUGAGUGACCUCACCGCAGACUCGCCGAGGUGCUCUUCUACCACGAAUUCCAGGUCUCAAAUUGCACUGCAUUGUAACCAACUUAUCCACGUCUGCUCAGUCGCAGGGAGACUCAAGGGCACAUAUCUGCGGCCACUGGCCGAGUGACUAACCGUGAUAUACACCUGGGGACCCCUUGAACGAAAUCCAAAUUGUGAAAGAAUCCAUUCUCGAUCCCACAGUACCCACAGCUAUUGGCACAGGGCUGUGCAACGAGAUCUAUGAUGGAUUUCUCAUACUUUACCUCUGCUCCUCAACCAUACCAAUUCUUCGGACUCCCUCAGACGCCGAGUAACACCCACACUCCUCAACUGGACGACUUCAAUCCAAACUCGUCGAACGAACAAUAUGACGCGGCAUUCGCUGCUUUCCAGCAGAACUUCCACUAUGAUCCUUCCACGUUCCUCGCCCAACCGCACCAGCACAGCGCUGUAUCUCCUCCCCUCGAAAUCCACCAUGACCCCAUGAUGUCCAUAUCCGAAGUCGACUCGAAGGGAAUGACCACCACGGUCACAGAACUACCGCUCGAAGAGACAGGUGUGGGCCGAAGCAGCAGUGAGGAGAAGGACACAUUAACGCCGCAACAGAGUCGGCGGAAAGCGCAAAAUCGGGCUGCGCAACGCGCUUUCAGAGAAAGGAAGGAGAGGCACGUCAAAGACCUUGAAGCCAAGCUCACGACAUUACAAACCCAAUCCUCUACAUUGAACGGCGAGAACGAAAGAUUACGCCGCGAACUCGCAAAGAUUGCUACAGAGAACGAGAUCUUGCGGGCGACGUCGGGUUCCGCCUCCAACGGUCCGACGCCCUUCCUGGAAGAGCCUGACGAAUUGGUCGGGCCCCUGGGAUACGUGCCGACGGACUUUCCCGUCAAGACGCGGUCACCAGCGAGUAGUUUAGGAUCUGGAGGGGAAGGCAUGUCCAAGUACGCGCAUUUCGGGACUAUGAGGACCAUCACCAUCGACAAUGACACAGGCGAGCAGCUGCUCGGCAUGGGUGCGACCUGGGACUAUAUUCAGGCGCAUGAGCUGUUUCGCAAGGGGCUGGUGGAUGUCGGCGAUGUCUGUGAAAGGUUGAAGAAGAUGGCGCGGUGUGAUGGGCAGGGGCCGAUCUUCUUAGAGAGUGAUGUGAGGCAGGCGAUUAGUGAGAGUGCCGUGGCGGGUGGGAGGGACGAGCUGAUUUGAAAAGGAUCUGAUGUCGGGAUAUUUGGUUGCUGCAGACUUUGUACCUUUCCGGUUGAGCGAGGCGUUCUGGAGCAUCACGCAUUGAGGGGGUAGGAUCUCGGGUCAAACAGGAGGGAAUCUGACAUCUAAGAUUUUGGCAUGUCUUAAUCGUCUGUGGAGUUGCGCCUACAGAUACAUGUUUUGCGAACAUCCUCCAACACUCUGGGCAUCAACAUGACACAUGAUCGUACGGCCAGCUGCGACCUUGGUACUUUUGGGAAAGCGGUUUAGCCCUGUCUCUAGGGUUGAGUUGUCCCAGCAUACAUGUCCUGGACAAUCAGAGUAGAGCCGAUAUCUGCUCCAUCUUCCUCCCUGCUUUCGUUUGCGAGCUUUUCUUAAUGGGUCUGUGCCACAUCUGCCCUGAGC